UAAGCAGAGAACUUGCUUUCUAUUUGUUGCGAGUAAAUGUGACUUCAGAGUUCUCUGAAUUUUAAAAUGCACAACUGGACCUCAGUAUGUAAAAGUUACAUUUGAAGAGGAAUGUAAAAUCAAGGGUUUUAUUUGACCUUUGUGUUAUUAUUUCAUUGUCGUGGCUGAGCCGUGUGAAUUCACCGAAGGCAGAAUGAGCUCUGUGUGUCUCAGUUACUACAGUGCAGACAGCGUGCUUGUGAAGGGCUUUGCCUGCCCCAAACCGGAGAACGACGCGAGAGCCGUGCACUGCUGUGGAUUCAGCGACAUCAAAUACUGCUGCGACGACCCCAACAGUUUCUUUCACUACGAGUAUGGGUACAUGUGGUGGCUGAGUGUGGGGGCGCUGGUCGGCCUCUCCAUUGCGGCAGUGGUGUUGCUGGCGUUUAUUAUCACAGUGUGUGUCCUCUGCUAUCUCUUCAUCUCCACCAAGCCCCACGGCAGACUAGACAACGGGCUUCCACUGCACACGCCAGCUGUGGAUCUGAACGCUGUGGAAGGGCCGAGUCACUGUAACGCGGUGGGGGGGCCGACAGGGAUCCAGAAGCACUUUAUGAGUCGUAAGCUGGACUGCACCAAUCAGCCACCGGACCAGGACCGUCUCUUCCAGAGGUGCUUCACAGCAACGGUCACCACCAUCAACAUAGAGGGGCCAUCUUAAAACUGUCCAGUGCUUUCCACUGCGCGGAUCGCACUUUCACAUUUCAAGAUACUGCUGCAGGGUCAAUCCGCUUUCGUCUCUUUGAUCUGGAAACAAAUAAGAUUUACGCAGUUUCUAAAGAAGCCCCUUACUGGUCUCAUACUGGGAUAAAAAUCCAGCUUCUUAUUCAUGGAGCCACAGGAAUGGUAAUCACAGCAAUCCAGCUUUUGAUAACACCGUGUAACAAAUUAUUUUUAUUUUUUUGUUCCUGGGUAGUAAGUGUUAUUUCCUAUUUGCUUA